AUGACGACGUCGACGACGACGUUCACGCCGCCCGCGCCGUCGACGCCGACGACGCUGUGCGAUUCGCAAAACGUCGCGUGCGUGAACACGGAUGUCGCGGAUGCGGAAGUUUUGAGCGCGUUCGCCGCGUACGUGUGCGCCGCGCUCGCGGUGUUGACCGCGUUCGGGAUCGCGAGGAAAUACGUGCCGAUUUAUACCGGUCGAGAACACCUGCGGUCGCUGAAGACGAGCGGGUGCGCACCGCCGCGAUUCGACGCGAGCGCGAAUCGCGGCGGCGCGCGAGAGGCGUGCUCGACCACGUACGGAUGGAUCGCGCACGUGUUGACGGUGGCAGAUUCUGACAUCGUGCACACGGCAGGAUUGGAUGCAUUAGUAUUCUUAAGAAUUGCGCAGUUCGGGACGCAGUUGUUCGCGCCUUUAGCGUUGGUUGGAGUGCUGGCGCUCGCGCCGACACACCUGUCGAGAUCGUAUUACGAGACGACGACGACGAGCGAGUCGUCUGCGGCGCGCGAGAGCCACGUGUUGAUGCGAAUGACGAUCGCAAACGUGGAACCGACCAGUUCGUUGAUGUGGAUGCACGUAGUGAUGUUUUGGGCGUUCACGGCGUAUGCGCUGUGGUUGCUGACGGCCCACUAUCGCUCUUACGAGUUUUUACGUCAAGUGUACGGAACGACGACGGGCGAGUCGAAUCCUUGGCGCGCGGUGCACAUCCCGCAAACCGUGCUACAGAAGUUUUUACAGCAAGGAAUAAACACAAACAGAGAGUUCAUGACGGAGACUAUUGAGGAAGAGGAAAGAGAGGGCGGACAGACUCCUGCGGCGAGAACCAUGCCGACGACGAUGCUUCUCGAAGCGUUGCUUGGGCCGAAACGCUCGAACGGUCAGAUGUCGACCGAGCAGAAGCUCAGACGUUUUCCUAGGGCAUCGUUCAUUGAAAGCACUCGUGGACCAUCGAUGGCGACGCCAUCAAGAGGCUAUCACUCCCACUUCGGUCCCCUUCGAGUGACGGAGACGCCGCGUGAAGAAUCGUCUCGAUCGGUGUCGGAGAUUUCCAUGGCGUCCAUGAGUGACUUUGACGAAAUGUCCAAAGAACAUCACUUAGAUAAAUUGACGAGCGAUAGCGAGGAUGUCGCGAUAAGACACAAUUGGUGGGAAGGGUUAGACAUCGCUGAAGAGGUAUGGAGCGACCAAUUGAGGAGUGGGAGCGACGGAUUUGGAUCGACCGAUGCGCUCUCUGCUCCGCGGCAAAUCAAAGUUGAUAUCGAGGGGCGAUUUCCUUGCAACGACGCAUCAACGUGCGAUAUUAACCCAGUACCAUCGAUAGAUGAUAGACGGUACGUCUCAGCCGUCGCGGACGAAGUCAGCGAAGACGGCAGCGAAAAGGAAGUGGUGGUCAGCGUGUUGGUGCAAAACUAUUGCGUCUUGAUGACAGACGUCGGUGGUAAUCUUCCCGAGGGGGCCGCGGAUCCGUGGGAAGGUGUGCGAGCGGUGGAGACAUUUUUCGGAGGCCUGUUUCCAGACGACUUCCUAAUGGUGAUUCCUUUACAGGACUACCGCCCUGUGGACGACUUACUCAUCGAGCGCGACAAGCUCAAGAAUGAAAUCGAGAAACAAUCGAUGUUGCAAUCAAAACGGCAUGGACACCGUCGUAUGCGUAGAGGGAGCGGUUUUCGGGAUGAAAUCACGGGUUUACGAGACAGAGUAGCAAUUUUAGACCACUUGGUUGUUCAGGAGCGCACCAGAAUUCUUCAAACCGAGCCCGGGUCGAGUUGUAUCGUUGCUUUCAAAAGCCAGUAUGCGGCGGCGUGCGCGGCGCAGUGCCGUAUCACAUCGCGUCAGCGUGAUCUUUUUGCGAUCGAACCCGCGCCGGGACCCGACAAUCUCAAUUGGCAAUCGGUAUUACUUCGAAGACGUCAGCGUGAGAUCCGAUCGAUGGUGAUUUUCCCGCUCAUUCUCACCAUCAUACUCAUUCCGACGGGAAUGUUCACUGGCGUGAUGUCGUCGCUAUGCGUAGCAAAUCAAUUCGGUGCAAAUCACAACGACGGCUUGAAGUGGUACUGCUCGAGCGAUUCCGCGCGGUAUCUACGAAUUCUAGUGCAAGGUAUUUUACCACCCAUUCUGCUGACACUCUGGGAAACGUUUGUCGUUUCGUUCGGAAUGAUGUAUCUCGUUCAGGCACAGAGCAAGUAUUCUAGUCUGAGUAAAACAGACGAGUCGUUUGCGGAGUACUACUUUCUGUGGGCGUUUCUGAAUGUGUUUUUCGGCACUGUAUCUGGUUACGCCAUUCAACGAUAUUUGAACGCGCUCAACACGAAAGGUCCGGAUGCCAUGCUGCAACUUCUCGGUACGUCGCUGCCGCUCACAAGUAAUUUCUUCCUACUUUGGAUCGUAUUCAGAGGGGUAUACCUCCCCACUCAGCGGUUGAUUUUCCCUCAUCCCGGAGUGCUAUGCAUGAUCGUCAAUCGCUGGCUGUGCUGUUUGGGAUGCAACGUGACCGCUCGAGAUAGAACGAUCAAAUACAGCCCGAGAUCGGUUCGCCUUGGUCGCGAAGUCGGUGUGUUCGCCAUGGUGAUGAUGAUUGGUCUCGUCUUUUCCACAGUCGCACCUUUGAUCACAUUACUCUGCACCGUAUUUUUCGUCUUUAAUUUUGUCAUAUGGCGUUAUCACGUCCUAUAUGUGUACGAACGCUCGUACGAAGCCGGCGGGGCGAUGUGGACAACGUUUUGCAACUUGACGAUUUACGCGCUGGUCAUCGCGCAGAGCUUUUUGUCGUUUGUCCUCUUGUCCAAGCAAGCGUACGCCGGAGCACUCAUUCUCUGGAUCACUGUCUUACCGGUUCUAAGCAAAGCCAGUCACAGAUUUCGAUCGAUCGCGAGCGAGCUUCGCUGGUCCGUGCCCCUACCACAGGCGUCCAUCGCGCCUCGCGCCGAGUUCAACGCCGAGACUUACAUGCAUCCAGCGCUCAAGCGCAACUCCAUGGGAUGGCACCCAGAAAUCGGCAAGGUCUGGCGAGGGUACCCUAACGUCACCGUGAAAGAGACUCGGAUAUUCAGAAGACGUCAACGACAUAGAUGA